AUGCCUAUCGGAGAGAACAAGAAUUCUGGUGCUGAGGGCGCUGCGAAGGGCGUAACUUCCACGGUACAUCUGAACUCCACACUGCCCAAGAAGCCUCUAGCUAAUAUUCUUCACAGGUCGGUAACGCUGCAGGCGGCGUCUCUAGGACACUCGGCGGUAUCGUCGGCGCCGCUGGACGUGGAGUCGGCGACACUAUCAACAGUAGGAACCGCCCUCGUGAUCUCACGAUUCGCUUCUGACGCUCAUCUGAUGCUUGUGCAGGCACGACCGGUACCAAGCAAGCUGGCGAUGGCUUGAAGUCUGUCACCGAUGGUGUUGAAGAUGCUGGCGGUCAGGUUGGCAAGGGCGCGGAGAACGCUGGGCAGUGGAAGUCUUAG